ACGGAGGCUGGGUGGCGGGUUCGCGGCUACCGCCGGACUGAGGCCUACUCCGUCGCCUCUCAGUGCUAUUGUCCCUGGGCCCGGCCCUGACCGGGCCCACCGGGGAGGCGAGUGCUCCGGCUCCGCGGAAGAUGCCGGACCAAGCCCUACAGCAGAUGCUGGACAGGUGGAGGAGGAGGCAUUUUUUGGAUAACCAUAAGAUAGCAUGAAGUCCCAGACAGCUUGCCUGAGAAGUUGCUGGGUGUGUUUUGCCACUGAUGAAGAUGAUAGAACAGCUGAAUGGGUGAGACCAUGCAGAUGCAGAGGAUCUACAAAAUGGGUUCACCAGGCUUGUCUACAGCGCUGGGUGGAUGAAAAACAAAGAGGAAACAGUACAGCGAGAGUGGCAUGUCCUCAGUGCAAUGCUGAAUACUUAAUAGUUUUUCCGAAGUUGGGUCCAGUUGUUUACGUCUUGGAUCUUGCAGACAGACUGAUCUCAAAAGCCUGUCCAUUUGCUGCAGCAGGAAUAAUGGUUGGCUCUAUCUAUUGGACAGCUGUGACUUAUGGAGCAGUGACAGUGAUGCAGGUUGUAGGCCAUAAAGAAGGUCUGGAUGUUAUGGAGAGAGCUGAUCCUUUAUUCCUUUUAAUUGGACUUCCUACUAUCCCUGUCAUGCUGAUAUUAGGCAAGAUGAUUCGCUGGGAAGACUAUGUGCUUAGACUAUGGCGCAAAUACUCAAAUAAACUACAAAUUUUGAACAGUAUAUUUCCAGGGAUUGGCUGUCCUGUUCCUCGAAUUCCAGCUGAGGCUAAUCCUUUAGCAGAUCAUGUCUCUGCCACCCGAAUUUUGUGUGGAGCCCUUGUCUUUCCUACUAUUGCGACAAUAGUUGGUAAACUAAUGUUCAGUAGCGUUAACUCUAAUUUACAAAGGACAAUCUUGGGUGGAAUUGCUUUUGUUGCCAUUAAAGGAGCAUUCAAGGUGUAUUUCAAACAGCAACAAUAUUUACGUCAGGCGCAUCGCAAAAUUCUAAAUUAUCCAGAGCAAGAAGAAGCAUAAAACUGACUUCUCGUUGUUCUGCAGUUCUCUCAUCCUUAUGAGUCUGUUGUUUUGAUUCCAUCAUUAAUGCACAGUAGUGGAGACUUGUGAUAAGCUGCUGCUCUUGUAUUUUUAAGAAAUAUAAUAAAGCACUUAGGGCAGGGGAAACCCUCUCAGUAAUCACGGAACCUAAGGAUGUGAUUGGUUUUCCUUGUUUUGUACGUACUUCUUUUAUGGCAGUCAUCUGAACCAUUCAUUAUCUUAGCAUGGUGAACCUGAGUUUUGUUCUUAUUUUCUCCAGACAGAAAUGUAAAGAUCAAACCGUGCAAAUAUUUAAAAAUGCACAUGCUGUUUUAUUCAAAUGCCUCUUUUGUACAUGUUCAUGUUCAGUGUUUUCUUAGAAUCAGCAACUCAAUGAAGGUACUAUGAGGAUUUUUCUCACUGGCAUAAUUUGAUUACAAGCUAAACAGGAAUCUAUGUUAAUAUGAGGAAAUGUAAAUUAAAUUAGUUAUAAAUAAAUAACAAACCAAAAAUGUAUGUAAACAUUCAAAUUAUUAUCUGAACAAAUGCAAUUUUGUUGUGUUUUUCUUAACCCAUGUGAUGUCCUCCAAAAUGUGUAGGGUAAAAAUUCACAGGGCUUCCAGAUCACUUUUUCACUAUUAAAUUUUAUUUAUAUAAUGUUGACAUCUCAUAAUUCAUAAUGUAAUUUUGACUCAUGCAGUCUUAAUUACUGUCUGUGUGUGGGGUAUAUGUGUGUGUGAGAGAGAGAGAGAGAGUCAGUCAUCAGGUCCUUCCAUUACUGGAGUAAGGUUUUUAAAUUCAUAUUUCUAGAAAUUAGAGCUGCCAGUUUAUAGUAGUUUGAGCACAGAGAAUGAUUUGCAAAAAAUCAAUAAAGUUAUUUUCCUCUCCUC